UUAAGAGCGUUCAUCACCCCCUAAUUUCUAUUACAUGGAUAACUCUUUUGCUUUAAAAGAUAUUUUAAUGAGAUCUUCACUAGUAUUUUUUAAAUAUUUAGCAGAAGAAGCGAAGUUAUUGGUUUAUUAUUUUUUUUUAAAUAUUGAUAUUUUUCUUUUUAAUAAAAAAAAAAUAUAAAAAAAUAAAUAAGUUCGCCUCUAGUAAAUGCGUUUUUAAGAAAUUAACCCUAAUAACAUUUUAUGAAAUUUUUAAUAAUAAACCUAGCAAACGUGUAAUAGCAAAAUAUGGCAAUUUUCAUCAAAUUUUAGAAUAUUUACUACGUCUCGGCAUACUUGGCAGCAUUGCUUUAUGCUUUAUCGAUCCAAGAUCUACUGGCGAGCGUCGUUCCCGUGUCACCCCAAUGUUAAAAAAUAUUAAUAUAUAGUAAUGUAAUAAAUUAUGUAGGUUGAAUAUUAACAAAUACGAAAAGUUUGGACUACCUGAUUUUAGUUAUUUUUCGAACUUUUGCCCACAAUCCUUUUUGGUUUGUGAUGUAGCGUUGAUGUGUUUAUAAAUUUGCCGUACGCUGCAAUAUUAUUAAUAAUUGUUAUUAGUAGGCAACUAAUAACAAUUAAUAAUAUUAGGUACUUAGGUUAGAUUAGUAGGAUAUUUAGUAAAUUUUGUUUUUUUUUGUUUGAAUUUUUAAGUCUGUCUGCAAGCGACUGUCGCCGCGCCAUCGCGUCGCCUCGGUGCCGCCUUACCCCAUUGUUAAACAAUAAUGUUAUAUUAUACACAGGUAGAAUAAUGAGAAAAACGAAAAUUUUAGACUGGGUACCUGAAUAACUGUAACUUUUUACGUACCCUAACACUUUUUAGUUUGUGAUGUGCCGUUGCAUGUAUAUGGAAGUCUGUCGUGUGCUAUUUUUGUGAAAACUGUGAACUUUACUGUUAUAGUGUUUUUGUUUUUAUUGUGCAAGAGCAGUUAUUUUUUGAAAAAUUGGGAAAACGUAAAGACGGUAAAUCCAAGGUUUACUAUUCGCGCCGGAAAUCAAGGAAACACAAAAAGAGUUAUUAUCUAACUAAUACCAAAAAUACUUUCCGUACUUCUGCUACUGAAAGUAUGCCAAUUCAUAACACAUCUGAAGAGGAAAUAGAAGUUGAAAGACAAAGAACAUCUCCUGAUACCAUAACUGACUACGUUAUAGAAGGAAGGAGAAUCGUAGAUAUUCAGAAGCUUUUUAAAGAAAUCCAGAAUUUAUCCAGACACCCUCCAUUUAAUUGCACAAUUGCAGAUAUGAACAUUUUGACGGAAAAUAGAAAAGGCUUAAAAAGUUCAAUUUUACUAAAGUGCAAAAUGUGCAAUUUAGAAAAAUACCUCAAUCUGUUUACUCAAGAUGAGUCUGAAACAUCCAUGGACAUAAAUGCCGCAGCAGCCUUAGCAACCAUUUCAACGGGUAUUGGAUUUACUGCCGCGGAAGAAUUUAUGGCCAUACUGGAUGUCCCUUUUAUGUCUCCAAAUACAUAUCAGCAGCACCAUGAGUCAUUCCAGAUCAUACAUGUUAUAAGAACUGGUCAAAUACAUCCACAAGUAUGGAAUCCGACAUAAUUGUGGAAGGAUUUCGAAAAAGUAUUGACAUGUAUAAUAUUAUUUAUAAAAGACUUGUUGGGGAUGGUGACAGUAGCGUCUAUAAAAAACUGAUCGAGGCUCGCCCAUAUGGAAGUUUACAUGUGGAGAAAAUUGAGUGCAGGAAUCAUUUAUUAAGAAAUUUUUGCUCCAAAUUGCGUGAAAUAUCUAGUAAAAAAAGAAGCAACAGUACAAAUAAUCCGGUUUCACCAUACCUGCGCAAACAUAUUUUGAACAAUAUACGAAGGAUGAGAACUGCUGUUGCAAUGGCUGUUACUCAAAGAAAUAAAGAAGAUAAAAGCUUUAGUAUUAAAAUAGAAAAUCUUACUAAAGAUUUAAAAAAUAUACCAUCCCACGUAUUUGGAGAGCAUCUAAACUGUACAGCCAUAGGAUAUUUUAGAUGUGAUAAAAAGUUUGGAGAAAAAAAUUAUAUUGAAGAAAUGAAGGCAUGUGGGGUUUUGCAAGACAUUGAAGUUUGUCUAAAUAGACUCAUAUUGCAUGCUUCCAGUUUGUUAAGAAAUAUGGACAAUAAUGUAGCUGAACAUUAUAACUCUGUGGUAUGCAAGUUUAUUGGCGGAAAGCGCAUCAAUUUUUCAAAAAGAGGGUCUUAUCAAAUACGGUGUGAAGCUGCAGCCCUAUCUUAUAAUCUUGGAAGCGGAGAAUACCACAGACAAAUUUUUAAAUCAAUUGCUGAAAAAAGUCCUUCUGGUCAUACAAAAAAAUUUAUUAAUAGAGUUAAACAAAGACGUAUUAAUACUCUUAAAAUAAGACCAAAAACCCUAUUUAAAAAACGAAAUAAAUCAAUUGCGCUUCCUGAUAAAGAUUAUGGGGAUCAGGAGGCAGAUAAUAGCAUACAGCCAGACAUGGAAGAAAAUUUAUUUGAAGAAAAAAAAAAGGAAUUUUUAGAAGAACUCGAAAAAAAUGAAAAUGAGAUUAAGGAUUUAGAGAUUAGUACCAGAGGACAAGGAGGAAAUCCAAAGUGGUAUCAAGAAAGGAGUUUAAGGCUUACAGCAUCAAAUUUUGGAAAUAUUUGCAAAAUGCUAGAAAAAACAAAUUGCAAAAAUAAAGUAAAAGCAAUUCUUUAUUCCAAGUUUCGGGGCAAUAAACACACUAAGUAUGGCACCGAAAAAGAACCAUUUGCUAUUCAACAAUUUGAGGAAACCUACAAUUUAAAAGUUGAAAUGUGUGGUCUUUUUAUUGAUUCCGAAUGUUGUGCUUUGGCUGCUAGCCCUGAUGGGCUAGUUGGCUCAAGAGGAUUAGUAGAAGUAAAGUGCCCAUCAACAGCUUCAGCAAUCAGUCCUACAGAAGCUAUCAAUAAAAAAAUAAUCAAGUUUGCCACCCUUGAUGAAAAUGGACAGAUGCAUUUAAAACAGAACCAUGAUUAUUUUUAUCAAAUCCAAGGCCAGCUUCAUAUCACAAAAAGAGAUUUUUGUUAUUUUAUUUUAUGGACACCUAUGGGGAUGCUGGUAGAACAGAUUUGGCGGCAGGACUCAUUCUGGAAUGACAAAAUGAUAGGAAAAUUAAAAAGUUUCUAUUACAAUUGUUUAUUACCGGAAAUUAUCGACCCGCGAUAUAGUAGAGGACUGGAAAUAAGAAAUCCAUCGAGAAAAUAACAACAUUUUAAUUUUAAAAUAGGUAUAUUAAUAGAUUUUUGCAAAUAUAAAACUGUACUUUUUAAAAUAAAAUUUAAAAUAUAAGUAUGUAUAUAAUUGUUUUUUCAAUAAGAUUAGGGCAAAAUGUAUAACAGUUAAAAAAAAAUGUUUAAAAAAAAACAAUUAUACAUAGAUUUUGUAUAAAAAAUGUAUAUUUUUUUAAAAAUGCCUCUUAAAAACUCCCCCGUACAUCAUUAACAAAAAGUCUCGCAAAAAGUUUAAUAAUAAUUGUAGCAAAAAAAAAAUUAUAUGAAAUAGGAUCGAGCACCCCAUUUCAAAGAAAAAUUUUGCCAAUAAUCGACAAUCGUAAUGUCUCAUUAUUCAAGUUUCAUAAUUCCCUGCGCCAUGCUAUUCCAUCCUCACCAGAUUUAUAUGACACGCGAGAACCUAUCGGUUUGGUCGCCGCUUUGAAAUGACCCCUUCCCUUCAUCCUUCCGCUGAGUGUUGCCAUAUGUUGGGUGAGCCAAAAAAUCGCCUAUAUUUUGAAAUCCGAGUUGGUCACGUGCUGAUGGAUGCUCUUAAGAUUA